AGUAAACUUACUAACAGAUCUACAGAGGAAAUGCAAGGUCCUGUGACUGUGGGUGUAAAGCUGUGUGCCUUGAGCAGGGCUUUGAUAAUCUCUAACUCUAUCUGUUUCUUACUCAGCCAGAACGGGAAGUGGUAAGUGCAUCAGUAUCUGAUUAAAAUGCAGAUAAAGACACAGAUGAAGACACACAGCACAGAGACAUUAAUGUCAUGUAACACAACAGGAGCUUUAAUAUCUUUCUGAAGUGGAGUUGGUGUGGAGAUCUGGGAGUGUGAACUCAGGAUGAAGAUCCUCCUCAUCUUCACCCUCUGUCUGAUCUCAGAUGGAGGAGACUCCAAGGAAGUAACAGGAUAUUCAGGAGGAGGAGUCCUUAUCAAGUGCAAGUAUGAUACAAAAUACACACAAAAACAAAAAUAUUUCUGUAAGGCUUCAGGGCCAUCCUGUUCCGACCAAAUAAAGACAGGUUCUAAAAACGAGUGGAUAAAUUCAGGAAGAUUCUCACUGUUUGAUGACACCAAAUCAGCAGAGUUCAGUGUGAUGAUCAGAAAGCUCACUGUAGAAGACACUGGGACAUACCAGUGUGGAGUUUAUAUACCCAGGGGAAAUAACACUUACACACCUGUGGAACUGAAGGUAAAGGAAGAUCUGUUCUAUGAGAAGUCCAUCAGUAAGACUGUCCAUGUAGGAGGAGAUUUGACUGUCAGCUGUAAAUACCCAGAAUCCCUCAGGAGUAACCCCAAGUUUCUCUGCAAGACGAGCCUGAAUGAUUCCUCUUGUUCUUAUAAAGAAUCUGUUAAAGAAAGUAGAAAAUAUGUAAAUAUGGGGAAAUUCUCACUGUAUAAUGACAGAGCAAAACAAAUCCUUACUGUGAGUAUUAGAAAUGUAACUGAGCAGGACUCUGGUGAAUACUGGUGUGGAGCUGAAGCAGCCUGGACAUCUGAUCAUGGAUACAAGGUUUAUUUCACACAGAUCAACCUGACAGUUACUGAUCCACAUGUCGCAGUUUCAGCCUCGAUACCAACACAACCUUCAUCAUCAUCAUCAUCAUCAUCAUCAUCAUCAUCGUCAUCAUCUGAGCCUCCUCUAUCUUCUCUUCUAGCAGGAUUUCCAGUUUCCACUGUGAUCACUGUGUCUGUAAUUCUGCUGUUGCUUCAGAUUGGAAUCAUACUCCUCUUUGUGAUUCUACAAAAGAAACACAAGAUUAGGGCAGGUAGACGUUCUGUCCAAGACUCACAAAAGGACCAAGUGUUUCCUCUUGAUGUCUGUGAGUACGAGGAGAUUAAAGACACCAGACGACUUUCUGCCUCAGACGCUGGAUCUUCUUCAGUUUAUGCUACUGUUCAACUACCCACAAUCCUCUCUGAUCCUUCUCAAACUGUUUAUGCCAACGUGGUGUUACACACAAGUUCCUGUGAGUCUAUUUAUUCUACGCCUCAACUUCCCAUAAACCCCCCUAAACAGGACAUCUACUCCACAGCUCAGUUACCCACACGUCUCCCUGACUCUUCCAUUGGCUGAGAAAUCUCAUGAAGCGACAGUUUUCACUUAACACCACCAGCUCUAAUGAUACAGAUCCAAAGAUGAUCUUGUUUGACUAUGUUUCAGUCAGUCGUGUUCAUUCAUGAGGCUAGUUUCUCAUUAUUACGGCUCCAAGUACAUGGCACUGGAACUCUACUGCUUUGCUUAGACAUUCACUCACUCAUUCAUUCAUUCAUUCAUUCUUCUUCUUCUUCUUCUGUUUUUCAAACAAUAUUCAA